GGAUGGGCUUCCAGUCUGGCUUCGUACAGAGAUGCUAUGGGAUACCUCAGAAACUUCCUGAGUGGCUAGUAUAACUAUGAGGCUUUGGAUCUUGGUUAAAUACAAGCAAAUUUUAAUAGCAACCUAGUAGAGGGUAAAAUGCCAAUCCUGCCAAACUUCUGUUCCAGGCAGGGGGCUAUCCUGCCACUCUCAGAACUGGCUGUCAUCUGCUGCUCUCUUGUCACACUGACACGGCCCCCUGGCUGGGCUGAUUGGUCGCUGGCAAUAACUGAUAUGGAAUACUGAUUUGUCUCUGGCAGUUCCUUCCACUCCAAAGAGGCUGCUUUCUACCCCUCUUCUUGCUUUCCCAAGCCCAGCCUGGUGCCCACCUUCCCCCAACCAUGCCACCCCUGCACCCUGGGGGGAGGACCAGUCCUGGCGUGAUGCUCUGAGGAGGUGGUGAAAUCCACCAGGCUGCUCUCACUCCGGCUCGCUCUCGGGAGAGUCCUGUUCCAGACUUCUCAGGGUUUUUACAGCACAAACAACUGCAUGCGGCCCGAGGGGAGGCUGAAAAGGACUUGUGUGUGGUGGUUUUACUGCCUCUCGUCACUUUUGUUGGCCGCCUCCUGACUCCUGGAGGUUCAGGCUGGAUUUCUUUCUGCCGGAAGACACUGAGGAAAGAUCCCUUCUCCUUCUGUUGACUCUUUCUAUUUUUAUGGUAAGUGCUUGCAUUGAAUGAGCUGCUCGGCUGCUGCAGUGAACUGAACCGGCUCGCUCUGCUCGCUGUCUUCCCAGCUAAGCUUAGUGACCUUCCUUCUGCAUUUCUAAUGUUUUCAUGGAACCCCGUCUGGGGUGAUCCAGCUAACUAAAAUGCCAGGGUCCAUUUGCCUGGAUUGUUUGUCUUUUUAUCUUUUUUCCCAUAAACGUGAGCUCUUAGGCUGUGAUGGAAAUAUAAGUGCUCUCUCUUUGUCCUUGAAGCAGCAGCCAGGGAAAUGUGUUCACGAUGGUAAACUGCAGCAGUGUGCAGGGAAUCUGUGGUGGAUGACUGACAAAUUUGGGCAAGAUCAGCCCUCAGCAUGCUCAGGGCACCCUCUCACAAUCGGAAGGGCUGGGGGUGAUCUGCCCACAUACCAAACUAUCCCAUCAUUCUGGGGGAAGAUGAGCACACACGUGUGAGUUAUGUGGAGUCUGCUGUGGGCAGCUUUGCUUUACGCACCUGCCUGUGGGUCCAGAAUGACCCUAUAAUCUUGUGGGGUUUAUAACUUGGGCAGGAACAUUCUCGGCGGGAGGAAUCCUGCGCUGGCAGAUGGAGUAGACUGCAUGACCUCAUUGCUUCUUUCCCUUCCGAGUCUCAGGGUACCCAGUUCUGCAAACCCUAUCUUGCAGCCUCUUCAGAGGGUUGGUAGGGCAGUGAUGAGAGGAACAUUUUUGAGUUGACAACAUAGUUUUGUCCUCUUGCCGGGAGAUAAAAUGCUUUGAGGCUAUUGGAAAUGGUUAGACUUUUCUAAGAGAAAACAAGCAGGUUUCUGAUGAAGAAUAUGCAUGUGGCAGAUUGUUUAUUCCACGGCAUUACUCUUAGAAUAGUGCUCUAAUUUUUCACCUGGUCUCCUGAGGUUUGCUAUGAAGAGCAUCACAACUUCAAGUCUAUGACUGGCUGCUGCUUGACGCCCAAAGGAAACCAAGAACAUUUUGGUAGUUUCACCUUGUUGAACCUGUGCAUUGCAGGAGUCUCUCCUUACAGGGGGAUUGUGUUGUUGUUGUUAGCAGGUUUAAGUUUAUCUAUUCAUGGGGCUGAAAAGCGUUUGCAAAUCCAUCAACGGCGAAGUGUGGCAAGCCGCCCAGGGUCACACCGCCUGCCCGUGGUCAGGCAUUCCUCACUCCCACCAGGCAGAAGGUCAAUAAAAAUGGAGGCCAGCUCUUCUGGAAUCACUCAUGGAAAAACCAAAGUCUUCCACCCAGAAGGAGGUGUGGAUUUGCAAGGCUACCAGCUGGAUAUGCAAAUACUACCUGACGGCCCAAAGAGUGAUGUGGACUUUUCAGAGAUUCUUAAUGCAAUACAAGAAAUGGCCAAGGAUGUCAAUAUUCUUUUUGAUGAAUUAGAAGCUGUCAAUAGUCCUUGCAAAGAUGAUGAUUCUCUCCUUCACCCUGGAAACCUGACUAGUACUUCAGAUGACACCAGCAGAUUGGAAGCAGGAGGAGAGACAGUGCCGGAAAGACACAAAUUAAAUGGACUUUACUUUAGAGAUGGAAGGUGUCGAAUUGACUACAUUCUUGUGUACAGAAAAUCCAACCCCCAGACCGAAAAGAGAGAAGUAUUUGAAAGAAAUAUUAGAGCAGAAGGAUUGCAAAUGGAGAAAGAGUCUUCUCUAAUAAAUAGUGACAUUAUCUUUGUGAAGUUGCAUGCCCCAUGGGAAGUCCUUGGAAGAUACGCAGAACAAAUGAAUGUAAGAAUGCCUUUCAGGAGAAAAAUCUAUUACCUGCCCCGCCGGUACAAGUUCAUGAGCAGGAUCGAUAAACAAAUAAGCAGGUUUCGGAGAUGGUUACCUAAGAAGCCAAUGAGGCUGGACAAGGAGACACUGCCAGACCUGGAGGAGAAUGACUGCUACACUGCCCCUUUCAGCCAGCAAAGGAUCCAUCACUUCAUCAUACACAACAAAGACACGUUCUUCAACAACGCCACAAGAAGUAGAAUUGUGCAUCAUAUUUUACAAAGAAUAAAGUAUGAAGAAGGAAAAAACAAAAUUGGUCUGAAUCGUUUGCUCACCAAUGGCUCCUAUGAAGCUGCAUUUCCCCUGCAUGAGGGAAGUUACAGAAGUAAAAACUCCAUUCGAACCCACGGAGCGGAGAACCACCGACAUCUACUCUAUGAGUGCUGGGCUUCCUGGGGUGUGUGGUAUAAAUACCAGCCUUUGGAUCUUGUAAGGCGGUACUUUGGAGAGAAGAUUGGGUUAUAUUUUGCCUGGUUGGGCUGGUAUACCGGCAUGCUCUUCCCAGCUGCCUUCAUUGGAUUGUUCGUCUUUUUGUACGGAGUCGUCACUCUGGAUCACUGCCAAGUCAGUAAAGAAGUCUGCCAAGCUACAGACAUCAUCAUGUGUCCUGUGUGUGAUAAAUACUGUCCAUUCAUGAGGCUAUCAGACAGCUGUGUUUAUGCCAAGGUAACCCACCUUUUUGACAAUGGAGCCACUGUCUUCUUUGCUGUUUUCAUGGCAGUCUGGGCAACAGUUUUCCUGGAGUUCUGGAAAAGACGGCGAGCCGUAAUUGCGUAUGACUGGGAUUUGAUAGACUGGGAAGAAGAGGAGGAAGAAAUCCGACCCCAGUUUGAAGCCAAGUAUUCCAAGAAAGAGCGGAUGAAUCCCAUUUCGGGAAAGCCAGAACCUUAUCAAGCAUUUGCAGAUAAAUGCAGCAGACUUAUCGUUUCUGCAUCUGGAAUAUUUUUUAUGGUUUGAAAAUUUUUUUAAAAAAAAAUCCCUUUAUUUGUUUCAUAAAGUACAAACCUAUAGCACAAAAACAACAAUAAUUGUAUCAGGCAUUUGCAUAGUUCUAUAAAACAUUUUUCACUUUAUGUUAUUUAAUCCUCAUAAUAGCUCUGUUUGGUGGUCAGGGAUGGUAUUGCCAUGCCCAUAUUACAGAUGGAGCAGCUGAGACUCCAAAAGGUUGUGGGGCUUGCCUACGGUCAGCCAGUAAGUGGCUAAGAGCUCAGGCCCUCUACUCCAAUAUGAUGUUCUUGCCACUCGCCAUGUUCCACUAUGCCAUGCUGAAAGGAACUGAAAAUGUUCCACUAUGCCAUGCUAAAAGGAACUGAAAAUUUGGGGUAGGAUCUCCAGCAGUGUUUUUCCACCUUUUUCCCAUGCCCAUGCAGUAAGAAAUGCAUUCUCCGUCAUAAGCCAGUAUAUGCUAUGCAAGUAGAUGUCAAAAACUGAAUAUAACUAAAACAAUAGUCAGCUUUACAAUAUGCAAUAAACUCUGGUUUUUCUGUUUUAUUAUGUCUAUAUUUUUACUACCAGAUAAAAUCUCCCAAAAUUGAU